AUGCUGAAGAGGGAGAGAGAGAGAGAGAAUACUAGAGGCCAGCGCAGAGACCGUGAUUAUCCCAGAGACCACCAUAGAGACCGGGAUUAUUCCAGAGCCCAGCCCAGUGACCAGCGAAGACACGUUAAUUAUCCCAGAGACCAGCACAGAGACUGGGAUUAUCCCAGAGACCAGCACAGAGACCGUGAUUAUCCCAGAGACCAGCACAGAGACUGGGAUUAUUCCAGAGCCCAGCCCAGUGACCAGCCAAGACACGUUGAUUAUCCCAGAGAUCAGCACAGAGACCAGCCCAGAAGAUGGGAUCAUUCCAGAAAAUCGAUCAGGGAUGGAAACCAUUCCAGCUACUGGGAUCAGUUCAAUGACCAGCCCAGGGACUCGGAUCAUCCCAAAGACAGGGACCAGGAUCAUCCCAAAGACAGAGACCAGGAUCAUCCCAAAGACAGGGACUCGGAUCAUCCCAAAGACAGGGACCAGGAUCAUCCCAAAGACAGAGACCAGGAUCAUCCCAAAGACAGGGACUCGGAUCAUCCCAAAGACAGGGACUCGGAUCAUCCCAAAGACAGGGACUCGGAUCAUCCCAAAGACAGGGACUCGAAUCAUCCCACAGACAGGGACUCGGAUCAUCCCAAAGACAGGGACUCGGAUCAUCCCAAAGACAGGGACUCGGAUCAUCCCAAAGACAGGGACUCGGAUCAUCCCAAAGACAGGGACUCGGAUCAUCCCAAAGACAGGGACUCGGAUCAUCCCAAAGACAGGGACUCGGAUCAUCCCAAAGACAGGGACUCGGAUCAUCCCAAAGACAGGGACUCGGAUCAUCCCAAAGACAAGGACCCGGAUCAUCCCAAAGACCCUGAUCAUCCCAAAGACAAGGAAUCUAAUCGUCCCAAGGACAGACACUUUGAUCGUACCAAAGGCAAGGAAUGCGAUCGUCUCAAAGACAGACACUCUGAUCGUUCCAAAGACCCUCAUCGCACCAAAGACAGAGAGUGCGACCGUUUCAAAGACAAGGAUCCUCCCAUGGACAAGGAUCUGGAUUGUGCUGUGGCCAGUGACAGUAAUCCUCCCAAAGACAAGGACAAGGAUCGUCCCACAGAUAGGGAAUGGGACUGUGAUUUUGCCAGAGACUGGCCCAGGAAUUGGGAUUUUGCCAGUGACUGGCCAAGUGACUGGGAUUUUGCCAGUGACAAUCCCAUCUGUUUUGGAGCCCAGGAACAUGCUACAGAACAGCUUGGAAACCAGGACAAUCCAAGAAGCCAGGAUAUUCCAAGAAACCAGGAUUAG